CAUUACAGCAUCCAGUAUCUUCAACGAACGAUUCCUACGUCGACCAUAGUAUCGUUUAUUUGACAAGACGGUCGAGAUUUUCCCUGUUCUAUUAUUUCAUCUUUCAUGGCAUCGACUGUAUUUUAUUCCAGUCUUAUUCUCCAAUUGGUUUUGAUUAAUGUCCAAAGAGGACAUAGAUUAAAUGAACAAGAAUAUGCAGCUGAUGUACCGUCAUCUCUUCCUCAAAAAAAUUCAUUUUGGUAUAAGCGUCUUUGGGAAAGUCAACCAAUUCAACAGAAAAAUUUUUAUCAGAAUAAUUAUAGGGAGGAUCCAUUAUAUUUUUUGCAAAGGAAACAAUUUAAAGGUGAUGAUGAAUUAUCUAGUCAGGAAUAUUUCCCUGUAAAAGAAAUUGAAACAAAUGAUAGAGGUGCUAUCCAAUCACAUUCCAAAACAAAAACACCAGAAGGGCACAUUACUGUACAAGUAUAUAAGCCUUCUGCUAUAGAAGAUAUUGAAGGAGAAGGAAAAGUAGAUGAUUUCUACAAGACCCAUUCAGUAUCAAAUUCAGAUAUAAUCAAGGAAGAAAAGAAAUCUCCCACACCAGUUCAACAAGCAGAAUUUUCAGUGACUAAUUCUGCAAAUAAUUCUCCAGUAGCUUACCAUCAGAAACAGCUACCAUUCAGACAUAGAUUAAAUGAACAAGAAUAUGCAGCUGAUGUACCGUCAUCUCUUCCUCAAAAAAAUUCAUUUUGGUAUAAGCGUCUUUGGGAAAGUCAACCAAUUCAACAGAAAAAUUUUUAUCAGAAUAAUUAUAGGGAGGAUCCAUUAUAUUUUUUGCAAAGGAAACAAUUUAAAGGUGAUGAUGAAUUAUCUAGUCAGGAAUAUUUCCCUGUAAAAGAAAUUGAAACAAAUGAUAGAGGUGCUAUCCAAUCACAUUCCAAAACAAAAACACCAGAAGGGCACAUUACUGUACAAGUAUAUAAGCCUUCUGCUAUAGAAGAUAUUGAAGGAGAAGGAAAAGUAGAUGAUUUCUACAAGACCCAUUCAGUAUCAAAUUCAGAUAUAAUCAAGGAAGAAAAGAAAUCUCCCACACCAGUUCAACAAGCAGAAUUUUCAGUGACUAAUUCUGCAAAUAAUUCUCCAGUAGCUUACCAUCAGAAACAGCUACCCAAUACUGAAAAAGAUGAAAGUAAAGGAUUCAGUGAUGUAUAUUUUGUUGCUAUUGUUGCUGGGUGUAGUGCAGUUGCUAUCUUUGGAGUUGUUGCAGCAGGAUAUUGUUUUUAUAAACUGCAAAAGAGUAGUAAAGCUGCUGCAGAUGUAGAUUAUCCUGCGUACGGGAUAACAGGCCCCAGUAAAGAGACAACAUCUCCAAACGGAGACCGUAAACUGGCACAGAGUGCACAGAUGUAUCAUUAUCAGCAUCAAAAACAACAAAUGAUAGCUGUAGAGAAAGCCAGCUCGACUCAUCAUGCUUCCACAUCUGACGUGGAUUCGGAAGAAGAGAAUGAGGAAGGAGAUUUCACAGUGUACGAAUGUCCAGGAUUAGCACCGACAGGUGAAAUGGAAGUAAAAAAUCCACUUUUCAAUGAUGAUUCCACUCCUGUUUCUCCACCUGCCAACGUUACGCCAAAACUUCUUGAAAAAUAAAAUUCCAAAUGUCCACCAGCGUU